GUGUGUUAUAUUUUAUUUCCUUCAUUUCAGGUUAUAUGUGGACACUGGUCUUCAGCACACUACAACACGGUUUCUCUUUAAACUCGAUGUAUCGGAAAAUGAGCAAAGUCGAAAGUCCCAUACUCCUAGUUAUUCAAGACACGCAAAACAACGUGUUCGGUGCGCUGACGUCAUGUGCGUUGAAGAUGAGCGACCAUUUCUACGGUACGGGCGAAUCGCUGUUGUUCACAUUCUGUCCCGACUUUCAGGUGUACAACUGGACCGGUGACAACAUGUACUUCAUCAAAGGCAACAACGAGAGCCUGUCGAUUGGGGCUGGAGAUGGCAAAUUUGGUUUAUGGCUUGAUGGUGACCUAAACCAAGGCCGGACCGAAGCGUGCAACACAUACGGCAACGAACCCUUAGUCAAUGAACAAGAUUUCGUUGUCAAGAUCCUCGAGUGCUGGGCGUUCCUAUAAACUAAAAAAACCAAUUUUACGCGAACACAUAUAUAUAUACACACACACACACACACACACACACAUAUACAACUCACCAUUCAUUUGUUUUUUUCUGUUAGGGUGCUAAAUUAUAAUGAUUCUCGUUAAUCAUUUGCGAUGGCGAAAAAACAAUUUAUUUAUAAUUUUCAACCACACUGAAACUCCAUUAUCUCUGUUCCCCACCUCAGUUGUACCUGUUUGUAUAUAUAUAAAACUUAAAUACUAAAAGAUCAAUAGGAGAAAAAUAACAUAAUACAAUUAUCUAGCUCAAUAUUAUAUACAAAAAAGUAGAUGAAUAGUGUUAUUAUUAUCGUUUUUUUUAUAUAUACCUAUGUGUAAUGAAAAACGUAUUACAUUGUAAUAACAUUUAGUAAUCGUGUUUAGUCUCAGCCGAGAGUUCUUAGAGUCGACUCUGUGUUGCCUGUCCAAACCUAAAACCCUUGAAACAAUCAUAUGCGGCAGCACUGAUUUUGUUUUUUUUCUAAACCACUUGUUGUAAUAUCAAAGAAAAAAGAAAAUUGUAUCUCUUGUGUCCAGGGACCACUAGUCAUCGCACGGGUGAGCACUUCAUGCGCCUGUAACAAUAUUUUUGAAAAUCAAUCCACCCCAUCUCUGCAACCGUUAGACAAUCACAAAAACUCAAUUUUUCCCGCCCCGCCUUUAUUAUGUCUCCGAAUCUCUCGAUUAAUUUUUUAUUUUUAUUCGUUGUAUUAUAAUUGUGUUGUGGCAACACUGAUUUGGUAGUUGGGCGCUGUAGUCCUUAGAUUAUUAAAUUUAUUUUAACCAUAUUAUAUUACUAUACGUGUACUACUAAAGUAAAAUAAAAAUAAUAAAAAACUCGUAAAAGAUAUACACUAAAUAAAUAUAUCCAUAUAAUAUUAAUAAUUGUGAUAAGUAUUGCAUUGGCCUAAUGUAGUAUUAUCGAGAAAAAAAUUAUGCUAGAGCGUCGUAAAAAAACUAUUUUAGUUUAAGAAAAUUUAGAUAUUUAACUAUAUUAUAAUAUAAAAAUAAUAAUAAUAUUAUAAGAAAAUUACUGUACCUCUAGCAAAGUCAAUUCCGUAGUGAUUAAGUGGAAAGCAAUUAAAAUGAAUUUUGAGUGAGGAAGUGAAUUAAAACAAAAUACCUAUGAAAAGUAUAUAUUAUUAUAUUAGUGAAAUGCAUCGUAAUUUAUAUUUGAUAAAUACCGGUAACUCGUAACUAAUUUAUUUAUCGUUGUUUUUCAUUGUAGAUAAAAUAUAUGUUAAUUAUUUUAUUUCUUUUCCUUUACUCAUAGCAUUAUUAUUGUGUAUUUAUUAUAAUUUUGUAAACGAUUGCGGGCGAACCAGACGUUUGUACCUAAUAAUUGUGGCGCAUACCAGUUUUGAAAAAAAAAUCCUUAGAAAGCGCUUUGUGUUUGUUCUUUUCUUUUAAU